CAAAUGGAUCACGUUUCAAAAUUUAUGUUCCAAAAGAAAAUUGCAAAUUAACUUUUGUGUUGGGUGGUGUGCGUAGUCCUCGACUUGGUCGAUCUCCAUCGGAAAAAUCAGAACCAUUUGCUGCUGAGGCAUUAGAAUUCGCUACGAAUCGAGCUUUGCAACGUGACGUUGAAAUUGAGGUUGAAAAUGUCGAUAAAACUGGUGGUUUUAUUGGCACUUUAUGGUUGAAUAAAACGGAAAAUUUUGCAGUCUCCUUAUUACAAGAAGGCCUUGCAACUAUUCAUGAAUAUAGCGCAGAUCAAAGUACAUAUGCGAAUCAACUUUACGCCGCAGAACGAGCGGCGAAAUCUUCUCGAAAAAAUAUUUGGACGCUAGUUGAUGGAAAUAACCUAUCGAACGAUCUUGUGAAUGAUCAUGAAGGAGCUUUACAAGAAAAAGAAUCUCAAAAAGAAUAUCUAGACAUAAUUGUUUCCGAGGUUAUCUCGGGAGGACAUUUCUAUAUACAGAUUGUAAAUGAUAGUAUUCAUUCAUUAGAACGAUUGAUGUCUGAGUUCUCACUACAUCAUAAAAAUAACAAUAACAAUCAAACAAUUACUCCUCGAAAUGGUGAGAUUGUAAGCGCACAAUUCACGCAAGACGAUCAAUGGUAUCGUGCAAAAAUCAAAAAGUACUUACCUGAAAAAAAAACAGUUGAAGUUAUUUAUAUCGAUUAUGGUAACAGCGAGACAAUUCCAUUAUCACGCGUUCGUCCUAUUCCACCAAACUUUUUACAAUUACCUCCGCAGUCACACGAGGCUAUGCUCUCAUUCAUCAAAGUCCCACUACCCGAGGAUGAUUAUGGAAAUGAAGCACUUGAACGAUUUCGUGAAUUAACCGACAAUAAACAAUUAGUUGCAAAUCUUGAGUUUACCGAGAAUAAAGUGCGAUAUUUGACAUUAUAUGAUCCUACCAAGUCACAAUCACCCGAAGCAUCAAUUAACGCAGAAUUAGUUCGUGAUGGACUUGCUUUAGUGGAUAAAAAAUAUUUAUCAAGAAAUUCGAUUGUAGAUAAACUACUCGAAACCCAAGAACUGGCAAAGAAAGAUCGUAUGGGAAUGUUCGAAUAUGGUGAUAUUACUGAUGAUUAA